AUGGCGUCCAAGCAGCCCCAGACACUCCCAACGCGGGAGCGUCGGCCAUCGGUGGGCGCCCCCAUUGUGGACAUCCAGGGCUCUGUUGGCCCCGCGGGCAUCUCUCGACCCAAGCACAAGAGAACCUUCACUGGCUUCGGCGCCGGCGAGAUCAAGAGCGUUGAGGCUUCCAUCCCCGAGCCUCAGCGAGAGGCAUGGACCAAGCACCAGGUCAGCGGCUUCAAGGACAAGGAUGACUUCGAGCGCGAGGUCGUCCGCCAUGUCGAGACCACCCUCGCCCGCAGCAUGUUCAACUGCGACGAGACGGCCGCAUACGCCGCUACCAGUCUGGCCUUCCGCGAUCGCCUCAUCCUCCAGUGGAACAGGACGCAGCAGCGCCAGACGUUUGCCGACAGCAAGCGCGUGUACUACCUAAGCUUGGAGUUCUUGAUGGGCCGAGCUCUAGACAAUGCCAUGCUGAACGUGGGCAAAAAGGACAUUGCAACCGCUGGUCUGACCGACCUCGGUUUCCGCAUUGAGGAUGUUAUUCAACAGGAGCACGAUGCUGCCCUUGGAAACGGUGGUCUGGGUCGUCUCGCUGCUUGCUUCCUCGACAGUAUGGCUACUCUGAACUUCCCCGCCUGGGGCUAUGGGUUGCGUUACCGGUAUGGUAUCUUCAAGCAGGAGAUUAUCGACGGGUACCAAGUCGAGGUGCCCGACUACUGGCUGGACUUCAACCCCUGGGAGUUCCCUCGUCACGACGUCACAGUCGAUAUCCAAUUCUAUGGCUAUGUACACAAGUCUCAGGACGCAUCCGGAAAGACCGUCGCUCACUGGGAGGGCGGCGAGACUGUCAAAGCUGUAGCCUACGAUGUCCCCAUUCCUGGGUACGCAACGGCAUCCACAAACAACUUGAGAUUGUGGUCCAGCAAGGCUGCCAGCGGAGAAUUCGACUUCCAGAAGUUCAACUCCGGAGAGUACGAGAGCUCUGUGGCAGACCAGCAGCGUGCCGAGACGAUCAGCGCCGUCCUGUAUCCCAAUGACAACUUGGAUCGUGGAAAGGAGCUCCGUCUCAAGCAGCAAUACUUCUGGGUAGCUGCCUCCCUCUACGACAUUGUCCGUCGUUUCAAGAAGUCCAAGCGCGCCUGGAGGGAAUUCCCUGAUCAGGUUGCCAUUCAGCUCAACGAUACUCACCCGACUCUAGCUAUUGUCGAGUUGCAGCGUAUCCUUGUGGACCUGGAGGGCCUUGAGUGGGAUGAGGCUUGGGGCAUUGUGACCGAGACCUUCGGCUACACCAACCACACUGUCCUCCCUGAGGCUCUUGAGAGGUGGCCUGUUGGUCUCAUCCAGCACCUGCUUCCCCGCCAUCUUCAGAUCAUCUACGACAUCAACCUCUUCUUCCUACAGACUGUCGAGCAUGCUCAUCCCAAUGACAGAGAUCUGCUAAGACGUGUGUCGAUUAUUGAGGAAGGACCCCAAAAGAUGGUGCGCAUGGCGUAUCUUGCCAUUGUUGGUUCUCACAAGGUCAAUGGUGUCGCAGAGCUUCACUCCGACCUUAUCAAGACUACCAUCUUCAAGGAUUUUGUCGAGAUUUUCGGACCUGACAAGUUCACAAACGUGACCAACGGCAUCACUCCCCGUCGCUGGCUUCACCAGGCCAACCCUCGCCUGUCUGAGCUGAUCGCCAGCAAGACCGGAAGCUACAACUUCUUGAGUGAUUUGACAGAGCUCAACAAGGUGGAGCUGUAUGUCAACGACAAGGACUUCCGAAAGGAGUGGGCCGAGAUCAAGUACGCCAACAAGGUUCGACUUGCCAAGCACAUCAAGGCCAGCACUGGCGUUACCGUCAACCCCUCUGCGCUUUUCGAUGUCCAGGUCAAGCGUAUACACGAGUACAAGCGUCAACAGCUGAACAUCUUCGGCACAAUCCACAGAUAUCUCACCCUCAAGGCCCUGUCGCCUGAAGAGAGGAAGAAGGUCCUCCCUCGCGUCUCCAUCUUCGGUGGAAAGGCAGCUCCUGGCUACUGGAUGGCCAAGCAAAUUAUUCACUUGAUCAACAAUGUUGGAGCUGUGGUCAAUAAGGAUCCGGAGAUCGGUGAUUUGCUCAAAGUCGUCUUCUUGGAGGACUACAAUGUCAGCAAGGCCGAGAUCAUCAUCCCUGCCUCUGACCUGAGUGAACAUAUUUCUACUGCGGGCACAGAGGCUUCCGGUACCAGCAACAUGAAGUUUGUGCUCAACGGAGGUCUGAUCAUCGGGACUUGCGAUGGUGCCAACAUCGAAAUCACUCGUGAGGUUGGCGAGAACAACAUUUUCCUUUUCGGCAACCUCGCUGAGGACGUUGAGGAUCUCCGCCACGCACACACGUACGGCUCUCACACGGUCGACCCCGACCUGCAGAAGGUGUUCGACGCAAUCCAGAGUGGCACGUUCGGUGAGCCUAACGAUUUCUCCGGCAUGAUCUCUGCGGUGCGCGACCAUGGUGACUACUACCUGGUGUCCGACGACUUCCACAGCUACAUCGAGACGCACCACCUGGUAGACGAGUCGUACAAGAACCAGGAGGAGUGGAUCACAAAGAGCAUCACCAGCGUGGCGCGCAUGGGCUUCUUCAGCAGCGACCGCUGCAUCAACGAGUACGCGGAGGGCAUCUGGAACAUUGAGCCGCUGGUGGCGGAGAAGGACGGCCUGCAGAAGGGAGAGCUCUAG